UUGAAACAGCUGUUGUGAGUAACGGCUGUAUACGCCUUAUCUACUCUCCAGUGUGUCUUUCGUUUUAUAUUACCGACAGCUUUUAAAUUAAACGUGGGUGUUUUCCUAUAGUAAGUCGCCGUCAUAUCUUUUCUACUGGGCUGCUACUCCAUCAAAGGUGGCCUGUGCUGGUUGUGAAAACCUAUACGAUGGAGCCUGCCUGUCGUAAGGACAAGCCGAAGCUGAACUCUACCCCAACGAGAGGCGACAGAGCCAAACAGAAAUCUGCACAGCAGGAGCUGAAACAACGACAGAGAGCAGAGAUCUACGCGCUAAACAAGGUGAUGACAGAGUUGGAGCAGCAGCAGUUUGAGGCCUUUUGUAAACAGAUGCAGUCACAAGGAGAAUGAGCCACUCCCUCUGCGUCUUGUCCGGACCAGGGAUCAAAUCCCCCUGAG